AUGGGGAAGUUGUCCAUCAUACGUCUGGUUUUCAUACUGACGUCUCUGCUCAUGAGCCUGCUCACCGUUGUGUACUGGGAGAACCUGGUCUGGAUCUAUUCAGGUGUGAUGCCAGUUCUCUAUGGACCACUUCACUCUGGUUGGAGUACCAGGACCAACAAAGACCCUUCACAGCCUGUUAGCACCAGCAGAUCUGAGACCAGCAUCCCCACCAGCAAGCCUGACACCACACUCAUCCCUGUUCAGCAAUAUAAAGAGGGGGAACAGAGGGAGGAGGAGGAACUGAAGGAAGAGCAGAAAGAGAGCAGUGCUGUGUCUGCUGAAGACAUGGAACAAAGAGUGAGGAAGCAGAGGAUCAUGGAUGUGUGCUCAGAAAUGAGCUCCUCCAAGAAAUUUCCCAAACUGACCCGCCCAUUUGAUCAGAUCCCAAACGAUGAGCUGUCACACUUCAUAGUAGAUGAUGUACACCGAAUUAUCUACUGCUACAUUCCCAAGGUGGCAUGCAGCAACUGGAAGAAAGUCAUGAUGGUCCUCACUGGGUUCUCAAAGCCUGGAGGAAAACCUUAUACUGAUCCCCUACAAAUACCUUCACCCGUCGCUCACAAACACUCUCAUGAACUUGCUUUUAAAAGGUUUCCCCAACUUUAUGGUUCUCACGCCCGCCAAAUGAUGAAAGACAAGCUGAAGAAUUACACUACAUUUAUGUUUGUACGAGACCCCUUGGUUCGACUCAUCUCUGCCUUCAGGAGCAAGUUUAUAAGGCCCGAUCCAGAAUUCUACAAGAACUAUGGUAAGAAGCUCAUGCGUACUUAUGGCCACGUGUCUGAUUUACCAGACACAGUUCAGAAGGCUCAUGCUGCAGGGCUCAAACCCAAGUUUCAGCAGUUCAUCGCCUACCUGGUGGAUCCCAAGAACAGGAGACAGUUGUUCAAUGAACACUGGCUGCAGAUGUACCGGCUGUGCCAUCCCUGUCAGGUGAAGUACGACUUCAUUGGGCGACUGGAGACCAUCGGCACAGACGCAGAGCAAGUUCUGAAACUUAUGAAAGUGGACCAUCUGGUCCAAUUGCCUUCAGCGUACACAAACUUCACUGAAGCCAGCUGGGUAAGAGACUGGUACGAACCGAUUCCCACUGAGGUACGGAGGGAACUGUACAAACUGUAUGAACCGGACUUCAAGCUGUUCGGCUACCCCAAACCCGACAUCGUGGGAGAUGAGGAGACGACUCCGUGA